AGGAGCUCACGAUUUGUCCAUCGUCGAAGAUGUUCCGAGCAAUGCGCGUCCUUUUCAGCACGGCGAAGAGCGGAGCGGCCGGAAGUGCAGGAAGCCCGUCACGCCCCCUCUCCGCUUCCUCUGACUCUCGUAGGUUGGCCGGCAAGGUGGCCGUGAUCACCGGCGCGGCGAGCGGCAUCGGGAAGGUGACCGCCGCCGAGUUCGUCCGGAACGGCGCCAAGGUCGUGCUCGCCGACGUCCAGGACAGCCUGGGCCGCGCCGUGGCCGCCGAGCUCGGCGACCCGGACACGGCCUGCUACACCCGCUGCGACGUCACCGACGAGGCGCAGGUGGCGGCCGCCGUGGACCUCGCCGUGGCGCGGCACGGCCGGCUCGACGUCAUGUUCAACAACGCCGGGAUCACGGGCGGCAACUACGCGGGCUCGGCCAUCGAGUCCCUGGACAUGGCCGACUUCGACCGCGUCAUGGCCGUCAACCUCCGCGGGGUGGCCGCCGGCAUCAAGCACGCGGCGCGCGCCAUGGCACCGCGCGGCGCGGGGUGCAUCCUCUGCACGUCCAGCACGGCGGGCGCGCUGGGUGGGUCGGGCCCCCACGCUUACAGCGUCUCCAAGACGGCCGUCGUCGGCAUGGUGCGUUCCGCGGCGGCGGAGCUGGCGGCGCGCGGCGUGAGGGUGAACGCCAUCUCGCCGUACGCCAUCGCGACGCCCAUGGGGGCGCGCUCCGGGAGGGAGAUGCUGGGCCUUCCACCGGGGGGCGCUGUCGACGAGGAGUUGAUCAGGCGGCUGUUCGACGAGGACAUCAACGAGAUGGGCGGCGGCGUGGUGCUGCGCGCGGAGGACGUUGCGAGGGCGGCGGUCUUCCUGGCGUCCGACGAUGCCAGGUACAUCACCGGGCAUAAUCUCAUGGUGGACGGCGGGUUCUCCGUCGUGAAGCCGCUCAACGUCCGGGCCUGUUGAGGACGGCGAGAAUCGUGCCGGGUUACAGGACAUUAAACACAAAAUAAAUCUGAAGAAAAAGGAACAGUGUACUUUGGUCUCAGUUUUCAGAGCUCCGUGUACAUUGGUUCAUUUUUCAAGUAAAAUGGAGUUGAGCUGCUCUGAAAGGUUGGGAUUAAUUGAAUGAAGAUGUACCUUUCUAUUUGAGUGUUUGGUUAGAGGACCAUAUGUUAUCACAGAACAUGUAAUUUGGUACUUGGU